GAGAGAGCCCCCCCCCUCCCGACCUGCCUGCUUCUCCCGCACGUGGAGCUUCUGCGCCGGAUUGCUGCUCUGCGCCGUAGCUCGGGGGGGGGCGCUUUGGAAAGGAAAGGUGGGGCGGCAGGGGAGGGACCCCCGCCCGGUGGAUGUUGCAGGAAAGGAGAAUCGGGAGCGAGGACAAAGAGGGCCUGCCUACACCUGCAGCAGAAUUCCCCAACCCACCAAGGAUUUGAGACCAUCUAUUCUCACCUGGUUUAGCCGGCCGGUUGAAGCCGUUCCUGGGCUUGUGACCCCUAUUCUAUCCUGACAGCUUCUGGAAGCCACAGUUCUCUUCCUUGAAACCCAAACAGGAUUCCCUUCCCACUCUGAAGAAGGAGAUGGAGAAGACAGUCAGAACUCUAGGGAAUGGGGCACCUUUAGUUUCAUUAGGAAUAGAAAUUAAAAUGUGUGACAUGCAGAAUAUGCUUCAUUGAAUGAGCACACAUAGUUCACAUCAACAACCUCCAACAGGGGAGAAACCAUUUAAAGGUAUGGAGUGUGGGAAAAGAUUGACUGAUAGUCGAAAACUUAGAAAACAUCAGCGGAGUCACAUGGGCAAGAAUGGAUUCCAAUACAGGGAGUGUGGGAAGAACUUUAGUCAGAGUGGACUCCUCAAUAUACACGAGCGGACUCACACAGGGGAGAAACCAUAUAAAUGUAUGGAACGUGGAAAGAGCUUCAGUCGGAGUGAUGCACUUAGCACUCAUCAACGGACUCACACAGGGGAGAAACCACAUAAAUGUAUGGAGUGGGAGGAACCAUAUAAAUGUAUGGAGUGCGGAAAGAGCUUCAGUUUCAAUGCAGCCUUUAGAACACAUCAAAGGACUCACACAGGGGAGAAACCAUAUAAAUGUAUGGAGUGUGGAAAGAGCUUCAGUCAGAGUGGACACCUCAAUAUACAUCAACGGACACACACAGGAGAGAAACUAUUUAAAUGUAUGGAGUGCGGAAAGAGCUUUAGUGAUAAUGGAAGCCUUAGAACACAUCAACGGACUCACACAGGGGAGAAACCAUUUAAAUGUAUGGAGUGCGGAAAGAGCUUCAAAUGUGGAAAUAGCUUCAGUCAGAAUGCAGACCUUAAAAGACAUCAACGGAUUCACACAGGGGAGAAUCCAUAUAAAUGUUUGGAGUGUGGAAAGAGCUUCAGUCAGAAUGGAAUCCUUAGAACACAUCAACGGACUCACACAGGAGAGAAACCAUUUAAAUGUUUGGAGUGUGGAAAGAGCUUCAGUCAGAGUGGACACCUUAAUAUACAUCAACGGACACACACAGGAGAGAAACUAUUUAAAUGCAUGGAGUGUGGAAAGGACUUCAGUAGCAGUGCACACCUUAGAUCACAUCAACGGACUCACACAGGGGAGAAACCAUUUAAAUGUAUGGAGUGCGGAAAGAGCUUUAGUGAUAAUGGAAGCCUUAGAACACAUCAACGGACUCACACAGGGGAGAAACCAUUUAAAUGCAUGGAGUGCGGAAAGAGCUUUAGUAAAAGUGGACACCUCAAUAUACAUCAACGGACUCACACAGGGCAGAAACCAUUUAAAUGUAUGGAGUGUGGAAAGAGCUUUGGUGAUAAUGGAAGUCUUAGAAAACAUCAACGGACUCACACAGGGGAGAAACCAUAUAAAUGUUUGGAGUGUGGAAAGAGCUUCAGUCAGAAUGGAAUCCUUAGAACACAUCAACGGACUCACACAGGAGAGAAACCAUUUAAAUGUUUGGAGUGUGGAAAGAGCUUCAGUCAGAAUGGAAACCUUAAAUUACAUGAGAGGAUUCACACAGGGCACAAACCAUAUGAAUGUAUGGAGUGUGGAAAGAGCUUCACUUUCAAUGGAAACCUUAGAAUACAUCAACGGACUCACACAGGGGAGAAACCAUAUAAAUGCAUGGAGUGCGGAAAGAGCUUCCGUUUUAAUGAAAAGCUUAGAACACAUCAACGGACUCACACAGGGGAGAAACCAUAUAAAUGUUUGGAGUGUGGAAAGAGCUUCAGUCAGAGUGGACACCUCUAUAUACACCAACGGACUCACACAGGAGAGAAACCAUUUAAAUGUAUGGAGUGUGGAAAGAGCUUUGGUGAUAAUGGAAGCCUUAGAACACAUCAACGGACUCAUACAGGGGAGAAACCAUAUAAAUGCAUGGAGUGCGGAAAGAGCUUCCGUUUUAAUGGAAACCUUAGAACACAUCAACGGAUUCACACAGGGGAGAAAUCAUUUAAAUGCAUGGAGUGCGGAAAGAGCUUCCGUUUUAAUGGAAACCUUAGAACACAUCAACGGAUUCACACAGGGGAGAAAUCAUUUAAAUGC